UGCAGUUGAUGUUAUUUGUGGAAUUAAUUAUAUUAAAUGCAAUUAAUAUAACAAAUCUCAUAAACUAAAAAUGAGUGGUGAUGAAAAUGAAGAUUCUUCACUAGAUGUAUAUCAAUACAGAAAUGAAACAGACAGACAAAAGAAGUUUAAAAUUGCACCAAGAAUUGGGCGAUUGUCUAGAAUUCAGACGGACGGUAAAGAAAAACCAACAAAAACUUACGCAAUACUACAAGAACCACGAACAGAUUACAGUAACAGAAAACUUCGUUAUGUUAUGCUAAUAUAUUGUAAUCCGGCAUGGAAAAUAUUUAUCCUCUCUGUCCUUUUUGUAUCCUAUAUUUUAGAAUCUUGUCUGUAUACAUUUUGCCGUAGACUAGAAAAAUCUUUUUGGAUCAUCAUACUACUGUUCAGUUUGAACGCCAUCUUUGCUAUCGAUGUUGUUAUCAUAUUUGGAUUGAAAUUCUUCAAAAAAUGGCGUAAAACGCUAAAUUUAAUGGAACCUGAUUUGUAUCGUGUUAUUUUAGAUAUAGUUUUGGCGGUUCCGUAUUCUCUUCUCUAUUUUAUAGACCCAGAUCAUUCUUUUUUCGAUUUCUAUACAAUAUCUCCUAUAAUCGCUACAAUACGUGUCUACAGAAUCAUUGAAUAUUUUUACGACAGAUCAACACAAGCCGGCAGCAAUCAAUGGACCACGUUUUUGGUUCAAUACCUAAUACUUUUCGUGUUAUCUGUUCAUACUUGGACUUGUCUAUGGUAUUUGUAUGCUUAUCGAAAUUAUGAUAUACAUAAGAAUCGUUCUUCUUGGUCCGUGGCGGCCGUUUACUUACCUACGGAGACUACGUUUGAUUGGUACUUCAUAUGUGCUUAUUGGUCUGUUAUGUUUCUUACUACAAAUGCUUUAGGCGAUCUCUACCCGGUAACUACAGCUGAAAGAGUCACAGCUACAGCAGCUAUAUUAGUCGGAUUUUUACUUACUACCAUAGUAUUUGUUGGAUCUUUGACUUCACAAUUUAUUACCAUAACCACGCGUCGUGCGAAAUAUGUAAGGCAGUUGCAGAAAAUACAAAAUCAUCUCAAAUUAAUUAAAAUGGAUGAAAUUACAACCAAGCGUAUUAUCAGAUAUUAUGAAGAUCUUUGGUACGAGAAAUCAGGAGUUUUCAAGCCAAAGUUAUUAAAACUCCUUCCAUUUCCUUUACAAAUGGAAAUUUGCUAUGACCUGAACGCAGUACCACUUUAUAGUUCAUUGAUAUUUAGAAAGUUACCGGAAGCUUUUUUAAGACGUCUUUCCGUGAGAAUGGGUCAUCGAUUCUAUUUACCAGGAGAUAUUAUUUAUAAUCAUAACGAGAACAAAACUGUUAUGGUUUGCGUAACAAGUGGUGUUUUAGAACUAUUAUCAGAUGAAGACGACGAGAGUCCAAUGAUAUCGUUUUCAAAAGGAACGUGCUUUGGAGAAAUUGCUUUGAUAUUAAAUAUUCCAGCAAGAUGCACGGUAAAAGCUGCAACUUAUGUAGAAUGUCAAAUUCUAAGAAAGACCGAGUUCACUAAAUUAAUGAUCACGUACCCAGAUUUGAUAGGAGAAAUACGUAAAGAUAUAUUAAAACGAAUCGCUAGAAGUCGAGUUAGAAAAGAAAAUCAAACUGGCGACGAUCAAUUCUUAUUGAACAUUUAUGUUUCUAAAGAUCGUAAAAAGAGCAGUAUCAAAUGUUUGAAAGAUAAAUUAAGAUACAGACAAGGGAAAACGGAAGUGAACUUAACAAAAGAUGAUGAACUUGAUGAGAAUUGUUUAGAUCUCUACAUUAUCUCCGAUCACAUAAAAAAGAGAACUACAUCAUUCACUUGCCUUAAUUCCAAAUUCCCAUGGAUUUUGGAAUCCGAGUGUUAUCUGGCAAGAUACUGGGAGCUAUACAUGCUCUUAGUAGUUCUCUAUAUUUGUAUACUAUAUCCUUUUUAUAUCGGAAUCAAAAGAAAUUUUCCAGACGGUUCCCUAUUCUAUGCAGAAAUCGUUACAUCUAUUUCAUUGUCUAUUAACAUAUGUAUCUCAUUGGUGACUGCUGUGAAAACAAAAAAGCGACAUAUAAAAAAGUUUUCAGGCAUCUUGAAGUACAGACUAAAUUCACCGUCGUUUUAUUUGGAUAUAUUUGCUUUAAUACCUUUCGAGUAUAUAGUAACAAUACAUACGACAACUAUGUACUACGAUGAUUACAGAGAACACUUGUUUUAUCUGUUCAAAGGGACUAAAUUGUGCCUUGUCUGGCGUUUAACAUAUUUUUUUGAGAAACUGGAAAGAAAGUUAUUAUCCAAUUCGAUUCUUAUUAAGAUCGCGAAAUACUGCACAUUUGUAAGUCUGUUAUGCUAUUGGUGUGGAGUGAUUCUCUAUAUGGAAUCAUGUUUCGUAGCGCGCUGCUCUCAGAAUUCAUGGUUCGCAAGAGCUAUUACAGAAAAUAUUAAAAAACCCGUCGCAAUACAAAUGCGUGCUACCAAGACUCAAUUUCCACUUGUAACUUCGAUAUACUUUUCGACUACUCUAUUACUUUCUGUCGGGUAUGGUGAUUUUUCUCCAGGAGAUAAACAUGACAUGGGGCUGGUCGCAUUCCUCAGUCUUUUCGGAGUAUUACUAACUGGAUACUGCAUAUCGGAGUUCUCUUCUGUAGUAACACAUUGGUCGAGAACAAAAACAGCCUUUUUAGAAGUGAUUAUCACCAUCGAUAAAUUCAUGAAGGAGAACAAUAUGCAUAGAGCAAUUAAAUCAAGAAUCAUGGCGUUUUACGAAUUACAAUGGCAAUAUAAUUCUGGGGUAGAAUUAACAGAUCAGAGUUGGUUGGACACAACAGUGGUACCUUCAGAGUUACGGAGAAAGGUUCUACACCAAGCGCGAUUCAAAGCCUUAACGUCGAUUAAAUUUUUUCAAGUGAAGAAUAAAGCAUACAUACAGACUUUAACGGGAAUGGCAAGAGACGUAAUACUUCCACCGGGUGAAAUAGUUUAUUAUGGUGGAACAAUACCAAGAGAGUUAUAUAUUAUAGAAAGGGGUUAUUGCUUGGUAACAUCUAAAGCUAUGAGAGAGGCAAAGAAGGAACGCGUCGUAGGUCCCGGAAACCAUCUUGGCUUGCUGGUCAUGUUGUACGGAGUACCAGCUGUCAAUACUGUUGUUACGUUAACUCAUUGUAAGCUUAUAAGCAUAAGUCACGUUGCAUACACGUCAGCGCUAAAUUUAUUUCCUGAUAUGAGAGAACACGAUGGUCUUCUUACUCCUGAAGAAUUAAAAAUGAUCGCAGAUCAAGCUAAACUGCAAAGCGCUGAAGCAUAUUUUCAACAUUAUAAUGUUUCUGAGAAGGCUCCGAAAAUGAAAAUCACCAGCUUUUUGCAAGAUUUUUUAGACAAUUCAUUCAUAAACGUUUACAACGAUUAUAAAAGGAAGAACCAGAGUUAUUUCAAGUCAUUCAAUCAGUUCACAAUUCUGAGUAAAUUAACACCGUACUUACUAAUGCCAAUAGCCAUAAAACCGGACGGUAUUUUUCUCAAGACCUGGGCUAUAAUUCGAAUUUCCUCGGCCUUUAUAAUGAGUUUAUUAAUACCGAUCAUUGUCUCAAUGGCUCCUUUAUAUGGCAAUUACAACACGUCUUUAUUAGUGUUCGAAACGAUUGCUUACGUCGAUCUGUAUUUGAUGCUGCACGUUGCUUUUUAUGGCGCUAAAAAUCAAUUAAUCUAUCAUCCGUAUUUGACUGCUAAAAAUUAUAUCACGAACGCAUUUGUAGUUGAUUUCCUUACAUGUUUUCCUUGGUACGCUUUAUGGAAAAUCUUCGUACCGAGACAUAACGAGAACCAUACGGAGGAAGAACACUAUAUAAAUAAUCAUCUGUACCAUUGCAUAUUGCGAAUGAUUAAUGUUCUGCAAAUACACAAAUUAUAUGCUGCUUUUUGGACUGAAUCCAUAGGAGCUUUAAAACGGGCAUAUCUUAUGAGCGUUGUACAAUUCACUUUAUUAACGGUCUUCUUUUUGAAUCUGUAUACGUCCAUUUUAAUAACAAUGUCAUGUACAUAUGUGGUUGCAUCUGAUCAAAAUGAGUUUGAACAAAGAAUAGGGAUUUUAGCAGCAAAAGGACCUUUAAUGGAGGCCACUUAUAAUCCUGAUGGAAAUAUGAUUUGUCAACUUGGUUCGUGGUUAGAUGAAGCGAAAACAUUCAAAGUGAAAAACCUAACGCCUGCGAAGGCGUACCUUUUGGCGUAUUAUUGGUCAGCUACAAGUUUUAGCGGCGCUGGAUUCGGUGAUAUCAUCGCGCAAGAUACCACCCACAUGGUCCUCUCCAUUUGCGUCAUUGUACAUGGAUUUCUCUUCUUCGGAUACGUUUACGCGAGAAUGGCUUCAUUAAAAGCGAUGGCUGAUCAGAUGGUGACGAACUUUCAAGAAAACGUGAAACAUUUAGAACUAUUUCUUAAUAGGGAGAAAGUUGCUUUUACACUUAAACGUACGGUCAUUGACUAUUGGAAGUAUCAAUGGAAAAGGACUGGCGGUUGGUCUCACCAAACUAUACUCGGAAAAUUACAUUCUAAUUUAAACGAAGAUGCAGUAUUGUACAUGUAUGAAAAAACACUACGAGAAAUACCUUUGUUUGAGAACGUAGAAUAUUCCUUCUUCAGAUCUUUCGCGAAGCAGUUGCAAGAGCAGUAUUAUCAAAAAGGCUACAUGGUGAUCAGAGCCAAUGAAGUUAUAACCAGCAUGUAUAUAAUUUACCGAGGAAAAGUAGACAUAAUAUCGGAGAGCAAUGAAGUAGAAGCGUGUAUGGGGCCUGGUGGUAUAUUUGGUAAUAUACGAGGUGCAUCGAGAUAUUUAACACAAUCGAAUGUUGUAGCAUCUAGAAACAUAGACCUAUUAUCCAUACCAGGAACUGAAUUUUAUACUAUUUUGAAGGGUUAUCCAUCGGUAUUAAGAAAAGUAAAAGAAUCUUUUAGUUCCACUACCAAAGAUUACGUUCUAUCUACUAUUAUGUCGGAAAGAACUAGCGUAGAGAUUCAGCCAUUUUCUUUAACGUACGAAUCAGGAGAGGAAGAGGACAACGAUGUUAAUAUAUAUUCAGAUAGUCCAGAAAAAAGUAUAACUGAGUCUCAUGGUUCAAGAUCUUUUUCAUCAAUAGGGAAUACGGAGUACAUUGCGGCUAAAUGGUUACUGUUCAAGCCACACAGAUGGUUUCGAAGUAGCGUUGUCCCGGAUUCGAAGUUUGUCACAUUUAUGGAUUAUUUUAUUAUGUGUCUAUCAUACGUUGAUUUCAUGAUACUGGUAUAUCAAAUGGCUUUCAUGUCGAAUGCUUAUUUCUUAUAUAUUUGUAUAGUAUUCGAUAUUAUUUUUAUCUAUAAGAUCUUCUUAGAUAUGCAUACAGGUUAUACAAAUAGAUAUGGAGACUAUAUUCUCAAUCCAAAGAAAGUAAGAAAAAUGUACUUUUCCAAAACAUUCCUGAGAAGACGAGACUUCCUGUCAAUUCUGCCGGUUUGUUACUUAGCAUUUGCGAUGCAGUUAAAUCCGAACAUACAAAAUGCAUUAUUUUGUUACCUCCGCACACCGCAACUAUUCAGGAUUACUUAUCUCUUCACGUACAGACAACAUCGGAAAAUAAACAUCGGUUCCGCUAAUUUAUUUUUAAAAUUAAACACUAUUGUUAUAUGGGCGUCGAUAUUGUCACAUGUGAACGCCUGCUUAUUCUUCAAACUAUCUUGCCUCACGCCUGUUCAUUGUAAAUCUGCAAAUUGGAUGUCCAAAGAAGAGUUGAAUUUACGUGCACAAUAUGCAGAGGGAAAAUAUUUCUCACUGUACAUAACUGCUUUAUGGUACAUGAUAAAUUUAUUGACAAUAACCGGCACCGGGGAUGUAUCUUCACAAAACGAUUUCGAAGUUAUCGAAACAAUUAUCGUUAUUAUAAUAAUUAAAUUUUGCACAGGUCUAUUAAUAUCAGAAAUGUCGGCGAUGAUAACCGCACAUUCGUCGUCUCGUAUCGCGUAUGACUAUCAGAUAAAUGAACUGAAAGACGGCCUGCGAGAUACUGAUCUUAGUGACCAUCAGAUGAACAAGAUGUGGGACUAUGUAUGCGAACUGUGGAACCGGCAGCAGGGAAGACAAAUGCCAGAAUUAGUGUACAAAUUACCAUUCCGUUUACGAUGUCAAGUGAUGCAAGCAGUGUAUGGGAGUCAUAUAAGAGAGUCUGUUAUCUUUGGGAAAACGGACGAAGACUUUAAGAGAAUGUUAGUGAUGUGGAUGAAGCACUGUGUCUUCUUCCCUGGCAACUACAUAGUGCAACGCGGUGACUCCGAUCAAUGUAUCUACUUUAUACAUAGAGGAGAGGUGGAAGUACUAACAGUGCAUCCUAACUUAACUGAAUCUAUUUACGAUGUUCUGGGACCGGAAGAUAGCUUUGGAAUAGCUCAGGGGUUAUUUGUUGGUGUACAACAUUUUUUCUCAUUCCGAGCAAGAACUGUGGUUGAUAUAGUUUAUUUGAAAUUAGACGAAUGGAAAUAUUUAUUGGAUUUCUAUCCAAAAUCAGCAAAACUAGUGAGGAAGAAAGUUGAAAAUGUUUAUUUAGCUAUAUAAAGCUAAGAAUAGUACAGAGUAUGCUUUGGUCAUAUUUUAAAACAAUAACUUUUUC